UAUGUGAUCAACAUGAUUGUCAGAAUUGAACUUGUGAGGCAGAUAAGACCAGAGCACGUGGUUACAAAUGUAACUGCAUCGAAGGUUAUGUCGGGGAAAAUUGUCAAGAUAAAUUACCAAUGGAUUGUAAAGAUAUUUGGGAAAAUGGUCCAUACAAAUCUGGAGUGUACAAAAUUUAUCCAGAAAGGGAUUCCUUACUUCCGGUUAGGGCGUUCUGCGACAUGGAGACGCAGGGCGGCAAUCCAAAAACGUGUUAUUGGAUCCGUGGACUUUAAUAGGUCAUGGGAUGAGUUUAAGAAUCCAUUCGGUAACCCUGAGGAAGAUUACUGGAUCGGAAAUGACCCAAUUCAACAAUUGACAAAGGGAAACGACUCUUCCCUCUACGUUUCCAUGACUCUGGUAAAUGGUUCAACGCUGUACGAGUUGUAUGAUAGGUUCUCUGUAUCUGAUGAAGCAGAGAAAUAUCGACUCUUUCUGGGUGGACCGGCCUCUGGAACACUGGGUGAUAGAAUGCUACUUCCUAAUGACAAAAUAAACAAUCUUAAUGGCAUGUAUUUUACUACAUGGGAUAGAGACAACGACAGACAUCCGGGACACUGCGUAUUUAGACACGGAGGAAGCGGCUGGUGGUACAAUCACUGCCACGACGCAUGCCUGAACGGACCGUGGGACUCAGAAAUUUGGGAGCAGCCUUGGGAUCCCCCAAUCGCGUAUGGGACUGAGGUGAGAGGAACGUUGAUGAUGGUGAGACGAGACUAAGGACAUCGCUAAUAAAUUCCAUACACAGAAUAACGGAGACAGAUAUAAAAAGUGCAAUGUCAUUUUAAACUUGUGUAAUAAAUAAGUCACCUUGAAUACACACUGGGCUCAAAUAAGACGGGGGGAAU